UAUGCCUGCCCACCUCAUUUCCACUCCAGACAUAGUUGCUGCUGCUCUUGUGGAUAGAAAUAACAGCUGGGGUGUGUUUGUGUGUGGAUGUUUUAAACAUCAGUAUCCUGUGCACUGCCUUCAUCCUCUCAGUUUGCAGCAGUGAACAGUCAACUGUGAUAUCUCAGCGAAAGGACCAGACGGCGAUUGAGACAAGUGGACAUGGAAGAGUGAUGAAAAGAGGAUAAAGGGUCAACAAAAAAAGAAGACAAGCUGGACCGUUCUGGAGUUUACCCAACAGAAUUAUAAGGAUAUAUUACGCUUAAUGGCUCCUCCCCUGAAUUUAUGUACGCAGCACAUAACAUCGUAAUGUCUUUGCACCGGAGGCUGUGUUUGUGAUUCUGGACUACAGACAGAUAAAAGGCAGCUUCAGUAUGUGCGUUGGGCAGCUGCAGCAGAUGUUGAAGACAUCUUUGACUUUAUAGGGAGCGGAGGCAUUUCAAGCAUAGAUUGGACUGGAAUUCCUUUAAACAAAGUCACAUUUUUCUCAGUUGUUUUCCUUUUUUGUGCCUUCAACUGGGAAGACUGUUCUACAAGGAAAAAGAAGAGGAAAAUACACACUUCUUGUUGUGUUUUAACCUCUUUUCAUCUUUGAUUAAAAAACAAAACUGCUGGCACUAAAGAUAUAACAAGAUCGUAUCUCCAGCUCUACGUUUUGCGUCACUUGGAAAAGCAAAUUGAAGCAGUCUCAUCAUGGAACUGCAAUAUGGAGUCUUUCUUUUGAACUGAGUGCAAAAAGCUGAAGGAAGAAAUUGAUAAAGUGGAUUCUAGGGUUCAUUGUACCCUUGAAAGGGGCCCUUGGACACGCUCUCCUCCCCAAGAUGAUGAAUUCAUCCCUGGAUCCACUGAACCUGAGCUAUACUGAACCCUCAAAUGCGUCUGCUCCCUUUUGCCUACUUGAGAUAGGCUACUCCCAAAUUUUCACAACCUGCCUCCUUGAAGUCUCUAUUAUACUUCUCCUCACUGUUCUCAUUAUUUUUGGUAACCUGGUGGUUAUUUUUGUGUUUCACUGUGCCCCCUUGCUUAGCCAGCACACCACCAGUGCUUUCAUUCAGACUAUGGCCUAUGCUGACUUGCUGGUGGGGGUCAGCUGCCUCUUCCCAUCCCUGUCCCUCCUCCAUCACUUGCAGGGCCUGGAUCCAAGACUAACUUGCCAGGUGUUCGGGUACAUGGUGUCUGUUUUGAAGUCCGUUUCAAUGGUGUCGUUGGCAUGUGUAAGCGUUGAUCGCUACAUUGCCAUCACUCGACCUCUGUCUUAUGCGUCCCUAGUAACUCCUUGUCGAGUCCGCUGCUGCAUCCUCCUUAUAUGGUUGUAUUCUGCUCUCAUAUUUCUCCCCUCUUUCCUUGGGUGGGGUAAACCUGGUUAUCAUGGCGACGUGGUGGAGUGGUGUGCAGUUCAGUGGAGGACUAGUCCGGCAUUUACGACCUUUAUUGUUGCACUGCUCUAUGCCCCAGCUGCACUUACUGUCUGCUUUACCUAUGCCAAUAUCUUCAAGAUCUGCCGACAACACACACGGGAGAUUAGCGAGCGCCACGCUCGUUACCGACCCCAACAGCUACAGGGCCCAGGAUUGACGGUAGGAUCUGGGAUCAAGGACAACAGCGUGGCAGAGCAAGAGCAGUUGCCCCACUCGGCACAAUCACAGAAACUUGAAAACCACCAACCACAAUAUCAGUCUUCCUCAUCAGCAUACCCAGACAAGCGAUAUGCUAUGGUACUGUUCCGCAUUACCAGUGUGUUUUAUAUCCUUUGGUUGCCUUACAUUCUUUAUUUUCUGCUGGAGAGUGGAGGGAUCUAUCACCACCCUGCUGCAUCGUUCCUCACCACAUGGCUGGCCAUCAGCAACAGCUUCUGUAACUGUCUCAUCUACAGUCUCUCCAAUUCUGCAUUCAGGAAAGGCCUGAAGCGCCUCUGCUCCUUCUGUUUACAGAGCAGUGGCAGUGGCUUUGUGGUUGAGAACACCAAAAAGACUUUUGUUGGCUCUGUAGAAAAGGGUUGUGCUGGGCCAGGAUAUGGAUAUGGCUAUAAGGAUAUUGGAAUUGGCACAACAUGUCAUGUGUGAUGCUUUUGUGCCAAAUUGGCAUGUGAACUUUCUGAAAAGAUUCCUGAUGUAUAUCUGUUGUGAAAUGUCUUCUCUGCUUAGCUGAAACAUGCUGUGAAGAUAUGGAAAGUGAUGCCAGUGUGGCACUGCCGUUACACAGACAUGCUCUCUCUGAAUAUGCCGCUGUUGGUUAAAACCGAGAACGGUCAAGACCAAGGGACUGAAGGACAAAAAUGCUCAAAUAGCCCACAGAAGUGUUUUAAAAUGGUCAUGGCAUGCUGGUAAACGGACAUGUGUGAGAGAUGGAACGACAAAACAGUGUCUUUAAAUCUGUGGUGAAGGAGACUGUAAUGUGCUCUAUGAAUUUUUAUUUAUGGGAAGUGACUUAGUGAGUAUUUAUUUGAUUUUGCCAGACCAAGAAACGUUACAAGAAAACUUCCAAAAAGCUGUAUGUGGUGCCAUCACCAGUAUUUGUCAGCAUGGUAUACAUUGAGUGCAAAAAAAGAGGAAGUAUUCACACAAACGGAACGGUUGAUUCCUGUGUUUUAGCAAUGUAGCGCUGAAGUAAACUGCCAAUGUCGAACUGUUUUACUAAUUUUCUCUCAGCGUCUACAUGCUGGAAGUGAAAAAGAAAAGAAAGAAAUAAGAAAUGCCUGCUGUUUUUUUGUUGUCGUUUUUUUUUUUUUUUUUACAAAAGUGACAUGAGAUUCUUUGACUGCUUCGGUGUACGACUGUUUAUCUUACUACAAUCAAAUUUACAGUGAACUUUUUAGUGAAUUUCUAACCACAUGAUUUUUUUUUAAAGAAAUCUUGUUGGUUUCAUUGCACCUUUGUUGUUUAGAUUAUGUAGCCCUUCAUUAUUGUGUCCAAGGCAAAGCAAAAGCAAAAAAGGAUGUAUUUUUACACCUAUUAUACACAGGUUUUUGGUACAUCAUUGGCCUUUAUUUACUGAUAAGGUUUUUGAAUAAUGGUAAAAAUGCUAAGCGUAAAUGGCUACUCUUUGUCUUUGGGAGUGGCAGAGAGGCACAUUGUAACGAGUAGUCUUAAAUGUGUUGUUGAAUUGUUGAAAUUCUAUAUUUUUCACUCUGUUGCAUACAAUUAAAAUAUCAAGGUGUACGCUCUGUUGUGACUACAUUAUUGUGCCUGAGUUUGGGGUACGAGUGCAUCUGCGCACACACAAACACAUGAACACAUGAGCACAGGAGGAUUCCACAUUGACAGAACACACAAAUAGCCUAUUCAUCCUGCCAGCAGGCUAACCUCUGUGCAGCACCAUGAAGAGCGACUGACCCUUCAACUGUGCACGGGUCCGCUUGCACGUAUGUGCGUCUGUUUUCCAGCAUCUUGGUCCCAUGUGUAGUUUUGUAGACGUUUUUUCCACCUUGAUAUUGACAAAAUGAUGUGUACUGGAUCAUUAAUUCAAACGUUGUAAAAUAUUAUUUCUACUUUGACCCAUGGCGGCUCAUUUCAGUCGGUGUUUAUUUGGGUGCACAUGUUCUAGCUUUAUAUACCACAUCUAAUUAACUAAUGAAAGUUCAACAGAUACUUGGAUUAUAUAUUAUAUUUUUUCUAAAUAUCUUAAUAUAUGACAAUUUAGGUUAAAACAAAGUUUGUGUAGAUUGUCCUCUCCACUGUGUUGGCUCAGUGAUGCCUUGUGUGCAUGAAUGUGACUGUUUCUCUGUAUUUGUGAUAUAUUGUUGCCUUGAUAUGCAAAUGAAAAUGACCUGUUGGGGAAAGUGUUUUCCUUCAACAGCCAGAGAGGGCUUGGUUUAUGGACGGGACUGUUUUUAAAGUGAUUGACACAGACUGACAAUGGUGUGCAUGUAAAGAGAAGAAAAAGUUUAAUUAGCUGGCCUGUGUGGAAUUAGCUGUCUGUUAAUUCCACAUUCAGCACAGAGUGACCUGAACCACUUUUGUUGUGUCACGUCUUUCAGAAAUGUGACUGUUAAAGCAGCUUUUUGAAAGGUUAAGGAUUUGUAAUUGUUGUUUUUCCUUCAUCUGUAAAACUGAAAAUAACCAGGAGCAAACAUGUGACUGAAACAGUUCUUUGUAUUUGUCCAUGUGUUUAAAGGUGUGUGUGCAGUUAUGGUAGGAUGUGAUCACUGGCUGAAUUGGACUUUUGAAGAUAUUGCAAGGGUGCUAACAAAACUGUCACUUUCCAAUGUUUUUUAGCACUACUUGCCUUGAGUAUACUUUGUGUUGUGAUUGUGAUUUAUUGUGAUGUGAGACAGAUUCACAUGUUGACAUGAAAUGUUUUCAUGACAUCUGUGAAGCAUUGCCAAAUAUUAUCAUUUUUAUCUUGCUUUGAUCACAUUGCUUGUACAGAAGUGGCAUAGUGAAUGUCUUGUUGUCAAACCACACAAAUGUAUUUUUGUAAAACUACUUCUCGUCUUAGUUUUGAGUGCAUUGACGAAUAUUGCAAGGUUUAGCCGCAUGCUAAAUGAUAAAAAAAAAAGAUAAAUGGUAAAAUUAUCAUAUUUUACUUUGAUAGUUUCCUUCCACUAAGUAUUCUAACCAUACAAUUUAUAAGUAUUUGUUUCAGGUAAAAAGAAAAAUAUAUUAUUUCUGAGAAGAGUGUAGGAUUUCUUGUCUUAGAAAAUUUGAACAAUACACACAUGUUGUCAUAGGUCACCUUAGAGGAUUUUUUAUAGGCUUGCAUUCAUUUCUCCGAGACCUAAACAUAACCACUGCCUGCCUUAUCUUGCCUGACUAAAAUACUGACCUAAAACAUUGCCCCAGUUUCAGUUGUCGCCAUUUGUCCCCAAACGUGGCCCAUGACAGAAAAAAACACCCACAUGCUCACAUUCUGCUUUGUUUUUUUCCCUGUGAGAAGACAAUUGGCUCUCAUGUUCUCAAGGGAAAGACACUGUGGUAGUGGCUGUGUUGAGGUGUACUGCCAUGCUGGAUAAGGUUAAAGCAAAUAGGUAGUAUGAAGGCAAGGAAAUGCAGCCUUCUGCAAUGAGAAAGAAAGUUAAUUUUUAUUGUGCAGCAAUUGCUGAGUGAAUCUCACAAAGGCAGUUUUAUAGUAAUGGUGAAGGUGGGGAAAUUUAUAUUUCUGAGUAUCAGAGUCCUAAUAUUGUUCUUUAUCAUUCUUUAUUGAUACAUAAAUAAUAAUGGUGGCUUGCUGAUCGUAUAUUUCGCUUUUGUUUUUGCGUCGUCUGUGGUUGACGGACAUGCUCUGGUGCAUUACCACUCUCUCGACUGGGACUAGCCAGAUGUGUUUGCCUUGGGAACAAGUGUAGUCCUAAUGUGGCUAAUGAAGUCACGUACUGAUGAUGUGACUCUCUGUAAACAGAAGUAUAUUAAUGGUCUUUGGAUUUCCUCCAGACAGCAAAACAAAUUACAUUGAUAAAUGUAAUUGGGGCCUUAUUUAUGAUAAACUAUAAAAAAUCAAUUUUAAGCCACGGCAACUUAUCACAAAUACACUGUUCAUGUUAAGUAAUCAACUGCAAAAAAAAGUACUGGUUUGCUGUUAUGUCCUACAGCGUCACUCUGAUGGUGCACACAUGCUUACACUGUAUUUUCUUAUCUGUUGUCUACUCUGUGCUGGAUUUUUUUUUUUCCCUCUUUGUUUUAAUUUAUUUUUAUAAGAAUCAGAUAAGACCGCACAAGAUUCUGAAUAAUGGCUGACUGUUAACCCAUCUGCUGUGAGUCACAGGUUAUUAUCACAGUAGACCUUGAGUGUUGAAUCAAACAAAAGUUGCAGGUGUGUCAGCUGGGGCUGAUUCUGCAGUUUAGGAUUUUCCCACACUGAAACUGCUUUUCUGUUUGAUACCACGACCAUUUAAGGCCAAGGUUUUUGCAAGAUGGCUGCUGUCAUUGAUGGACAGUGUUGAGAUUAGUGCUGCAAUUGAUUACUAAAUUUUCAUUUAAAUAACUAAAACAAGCUGUCUGAUGUUUCAUCUUUUGAACUGGAUAUGUUUUUGGUUUCUUUGCUGUACCAAAGAAAUGAUUAACACUGAAUCAUUUUGAAGGUUUGGUAAACAACGAACCAACAUUUUUCUUUACGUUGUAUUGACCAAACAACUAAUCAUUUAUUCAAGGAGAUAAUUGUCAUAUUAAUUGAUUAUAAAGUAAUCCCUAGUUGCAGCUCUAAUUGGGAUAUGCUUAAUGGUGAAACCUCAAAUUUUGCAUUUAUUGAAAAUGAAUCCCUGUGACCAAUAAGACGCCUAUCAUUGGAUAAUGCUAUGUAGGUUACAAACCUAUAUGGCUAUUUUGCAGUUGUACAUGUUGUGUAUGUGUACCAGGCAAAUAAAUGUACUGUUAUUUUAAGAA